AUUGUUUACAUUUACAAAUUCGUUUAUUUUUACUUUGCAACAAUUUAGUCGUUGUAAUUAAUGUCGAUCAGUAUAGCUAUAUAGUGAAAUUGAUAUUCAUAAUUUAAAAAAAACCAUAGUAAAAUGUUUUUUUUGUGUUUUUUAAAAGGUUUUUCCCUCUUAAAAAUGUUGCUGAAGCUUCUGCAGAUGCAAAGAACAGACUAUAGAAUGUUUACUCUAAGCUCAGUUCUUGUUUAUCAAGCCAACAGGAUACAGUGAGAAACAUGUGGAAACCAACUGUAGCAAUCAUGCUUAUUCUAGGUUGUGUAGAAGAGACCGUUGGAGACCGUAGAAGAGAGGAAAAUGGAGAUAUGGAUUGGAGGAAUAAUGGAGGUAGCAGGAGGAGCUCGAUAACUAGCGACAAUAUCAGAGAAAGUCUACUGGAGGAUGAAAGCAAGAGCAUAGGAAGAGAGAGAAAAGGAAGAAAAAAUCCAAACCAACCUUUUAUCUACAAUAUUUCCAUAGCGAAGUUCAACAGGAGUCCGGACAUUGAUGUACACGAAGAUGAAUUAGUUGACAAUUUGAAAACAAUAUUAUCACUGCAACCGCUUCUACAAACCAGGUUUCAAGAUGACCGGUUCUCGCCUCAAGGAAGCUCUGCUGUUCAAGGAACCAGGUUUUCUCCACUAGAGAUUGCAACGUCGGCUGGAUGUGAACCAGAACUUAGAACAGUGGAAGUAAAAGUAGAAAAUCUGACUGAUACAUCCUUCUAUUAUCCAACAUGUACAAGGUAAUCAUCCUUCUACUAUCCAACAUGUACAAGGUAAUCAUCCUUCUACUAUCUAACAUGUACAAGGUAAUCAUCCUUCUACUAUCUAACAUGUACAAGGUAAUCAUCCUUCUACUAUCCAACAUGUACAAGGCAAUCAUCCUUCUACUAUCUAACAUGUACAAGGUAUUUAGUGGGACAAUGUUUCAUAACGGUAUUCGUUUUGUCUGUUAGAGUGUAAAAAAAAUAUCUAUGUUUAAUUUUUUUUCAUUUGUGGUUUCUUCUGCAAAAGUUACUGGCGCAUUUCUUGCUU